AUGUCGACAGUAGCCCUGCAAGCCCAAUGCCUCUGCCGCGCGCAGACCUUCACCACGACCGUCGCCACCGCCUCCCUCCCGCUCAAGGGCUCCUGUUGCCACUGCACCUCGUGUCGGCACUUCUCGGGCGCCCUGCGCUCCUCCGACGCUGUCUGGCCCGGGGAUCCGGUGCUGAAACGGUAUCAGCACUCACCCCGGGUCAACGUCCUCUUCUGUGGCACGUGUGGAAGCGGCAUGUUUUUUGAGGAGUGGGACGACACGGAAGCGAAGGAACGAGGCGGGGUGGAGGAGGCGAGCUAUCUGGUUUUCACCGGGGUUCUGUCAGUGGUGGAGGGGGGGGCAUUGGAGGGAAGGUUGCCGGUGGUGUUGGAGGACCAUGUAUUUGUGGGCGAUACGCUGGACGGGGGCGCGGCGUGUUGGUUGCGGGGGAUUAACGGGACAGGCCAGCCCCAGGCGAAGGUGUGGUUGGGCCGGAGGAACCAGAGCGAGGAGGUGAAGGCUGGGACGCAGUGGCCUGCGGUGGGUAGUCUGAUGGAGCAUGGGGCAAAUCUGAAGGGCGAAAAGGGCGAUGUGCCGCUGCGGUGUCACUGUCGCGGGGUGGACUUGGUGCUGCGGGCCGGCGAUGCUCAGAGGGAGUUUGAGGAGAUGCAGAAGAAUGGGGAGGAACUGCCUCGGUUUGUUGACCCCCGCACACACAAGUUGCUGGGCGAACUAGAUGCUUGUGACUCGUGCCGGAUUUGGGGCGCGUCCGAGUUGUUCAACUGGACAUUUGCUUGGCUCAAGCACAUUUCGUUUGCAGGAGCUCCGGACAAAGGUUUCCCUGCGAACACGGCCCAACUGAAAGCGGCAGUCGAGGCAGCAGAUGACAGCUCGCGCGAUCCCAGGCUCGGCACGUUGGCUGUAUAUACCAGCUCACCACACGUCCAGCGCUACUUCUGUGGGCGGUGCUCGGCCAGCGUGUUCUACACCAUUGAUGACCGACCAGACAAGGUUGACAUCGCUGUUGGGUUGCUGGAUUCUCCAGACGGCGCGAGAGCCGAGAGUGUCAUAUCGUGGUCGUGUGGGCGGGAGACAUCCUGGAGGGACGACAUGAUUGGCACCUGGAGGGUACGCAUGUUGCACGCAGUCGAGAAGGAGGCGGAGCAGUGGCGGAUUGAGAGAGGAUACCCAACGAUCUGGUACAGACUUGCACAGGAGCAGGUUCAGCAGGUUGGAGGAGAUGCCCCCUGA